AUGUCGCUUGAGCUUAUCGAGAAACCUUUCCUGUUCCCGGGUUCAGAGGGGUAUGUUGCAGGCGACAUUCUCCGGAGUCUAUACGCACAGUACACUGAUUUAAAUCCGCCUCCCUUGACUACGGGUCAUGAAUCAUCCUAUAAGAGUACACUUGCAUCGCUUCCUGUUAUCAGAAGGUUUAUCGGAAGAAAGGACGAGAAGAAGGAAAGGAUUAAUCGCUUACAGGGGGAUUUAAGACAGGCAGUCACUUAUGAUCAAUGGUACAGCAUUGCCAUGAGAUUAGACGAGUUGCAAAAUAACAAUUCGUGGAAACUGAACCCCCAAUCUGACUUGUAUGAUUAUAAUUUGAUCUAUUCGAGUCUCAUGGAUCUUAGAAACUCUCGGACAAACGGAGAUUAUAAAAUGCUCUUAUAUUUGGUCAGAACUACUUGGACAAGAAACAUCGGUAACAUGGGUAAUGACCAAUUAUAUAGACAUUGUUAUGUGGGUACCAAACGUUUGAUUGAGGAAUACAUCAACGAAUGUCAGUUGGCAUUGGACUACUUGGUAUCCAGUAAAAUCGAUCUUGAUGAUCAUUAUCUUUUGGGGAUGCUUAUUCAAACUCGAAAAAACAUUGGAAGAACAGCUUUGGUUCUUUCGGGUGGCAGUACGUUUGGGAUAUUUCAUAUUGGUGUAUUGACAACAUUAUUGGAAGCCAAUCUUUUACCUCGGAUUAUUAGUGGUUCUUCGGCUGGUUCCAUUAUCGCUAGUAUUCUUUGUUGUAAUACCAAUGAAGAAGUGGCUUCCAUUGUGUAUUCGAUCACAGAGACCAAGUUUAACAUCUUUGAGAUCCAAAACAGCUCUAAGGACUCAGGUAAGUUUAAGAACGUAUUGGAGCAUCUAAGCCAUUUCUUGAAAUAUGGUACUUUGUUUGAUAUCGACGGUCUUAAAGAAACUAUGAUAGCAUUUGUUGGAGAGCUUACAUUCAGAGAAGCCUACAAUAGAACAGGAAAGAUUUUGAAUAUAACUGUGUCCCCGACUUCUAUUCAUGAACAUACAAAGCUAUUAAACUAUUUAACAGCUCCUAAUUGUCUUAUCUGGUCUGCAGUUUGUGCUAGUUGCUCACUCCCAGGAGUCUUCCCAUCUAUUAGUAUUUAUGAGAAGGACCCCAGAACAAACGAAACUCACGAAUGGAACAAUGAUGUGUCCAUGAAGUAUGUUGAUGGAUCUGUGGAUGGAGAUUUACCUAUUGUAAGAUUGCUGGAGAUGUUCAACGUUGACCACAUUAUUGCAGUGCAGGUCAAUCCACACGUGGUUCCAAUUUUGAAAGUCUCCGUAAGUAAUGUUGGAGGUGAGAUUGAAAAUGAAUUGAGAGAUAAGGGAAGACGUUUGUUAAAUAAUAUCUAUGACUUUGUAACAUGUGAAAUGAUUCACUAUUUACAAAUCUUAUCAGAAUUAGAUAUUUAUAAGAAUCUCUCCUCCAGAGUUAUUUCUGUUUUAACCCAGAAAUAUUCUGGUGAUAUAACAAUCCUUCCAGAUUUCCACGUUUCGGACUUUUUGAAAUUAUUUGAGAAUCCAACACCUCAAUUCCUACUAGAUUUCAUCAUUAGAGGUGCUAGAGCAUCUUGGCCUAAGGUUACAAUUAUUAAUAACCAUUGCAGGGUUGAAUUUGCUCUUGAUAAAGCUAUUACUGCAUUGAGAACAAGGAUAAUUACUUCCUCAACUAAUAGAAUAUUAUACAAAUCUUAUGGACCAACUUAUGAAAAUUCUAAAAAGCCGGUACCAAUUUCCAUUCCUAAUCAACACAAAUCCACACCUUCAACACCCAUGAAACCAACGGCUCCAACCCUUUCAAGACAAAACAGCGGUCUUUCUCGACAUUCAAAACGUUCCUCAAUGUUCAGAUCCUCUAGGAAAUCAAUGACUUCAAUUAAUUCCCUUAUACAUGGGAAUGAAAAUCUUGAACUCAAUGGAGAGAAGAAGAAUGAAAACUUUGCUAACGAAGGUACGCUAAGACGUUCCUUUUCCUCCAGUUCCAGGAGAAUCCGAAAGGCUAAAAGCUCUGGUAACUUCAAUGUGACCUUCUCAGAACAUGUUAGCCACGUGCAUCCAGUACAGUUUAGUGAACCUACUGAUUAUAGCAAUAAUAAGAGAAUAUUUGAAUUAGAUAGUCCAAAGCUAGUUACAAACAAGAUGCCAUUUGAGAUCAAAGAGGUGUGCCAAAAAGAACCAGCUUGUUUACCACGGAGAUCCUCUGCUUCUUUGAACAGUUCAAUUGUUGGGUUGAAUCGUUUGAAAUACAAUGCUUCAAGAAACAGUUCACAGUUUAAUUUGAACGACAUUAAUAUUGAUUCUUUCAGCAAAGACUUGAGACGAAAGUUGAUUAUGAACUCCAAAGACCAACCAGAAGCCAAUUCUUCACAAUCAAGUGAAAAUUCGUUCGUAUUCAAGGGUGAUUCUGAUGCCGAGUCAUCUCCUGAAGGAGUUCGGAAUAGUCGGAGACCGUCUAUGGACGAAUAUGAACUAGAAAGGGCCAUUAAACUAAACAUGAAAGAUCUUGAUGAUCUUUAUGGAGACUAA